AUGUUGAACAUUGAAUGCCAUAAUCAAUCCGCGCGCAAUAAUAAAUGUGUUUUGUUUCAACAAUGGCUAAGCUGCUUAAAUUUAUCCAGAUGGCCAUUAUUAUCUGCUUGUUUUAAUGAAUUGCUUGGAACAGCGGUAUUUAUGAUUAUUGGAUUAGGUGUUAUCAUACAAUGUAUUAUUGGUUCAUUUAAUAAUCAUGAGAUUAGUCGAUAUAUAUCGAUUUCUGUUGGUUGGGGAAUAGCUGCCACUAUUGGCAUGUUAAUAGCCUCCUCGUGUAAUGAUAAUGAGAAAUGCACAGUUGGUUUGCUAAAUCCAGCCUUGACAUUCGCCUAUUGUUUAAUUGGUAAACUUCCGUUUCGAUUUCUACUACCGAUCAGUUUGUGUCAAAUCAUUGGAUCUACACUGGGUGGUCUUGUGAUCAUUGGGAUUUAUUGGGAAAAUAUACAAGUAUAUGCUAAACAUAUGUCAUCUGGAAGGCUGGAAAUGAACACUACUGGAGUGCUGUUAGUCACUAUACCUGGAGCAUCACAUCAAGCCUGUCUACUGGAUCAUAUUUUAUCGACUGGUCUAUUUUCUGGGAUUAUGUUAGCUAUACAAGAUAGGAAUAAUUACAAUAUACCACAUGAAUUGCAGUUGAUUUAUAUUGGGAUAUUAAUGACUGGCAUUAUUGGUUCAUUGUGUUUGAACAUCGGCACUGCAUUGAAUCCGGCGAGGGAUUUGGGUGCAAGGAUAGCGAUAGCAUUAUGCGGUUGGGGUAUCGAAGCCUUUCAAGCAAAUAAUUACUAUUUUUGGAUUCCAAUAGUUGGACCAUAUCUAGGAGCAGUAAUUGGUACAUUUUUAUAUGAAUUGACUAUUGGUUUAUGCUUUGCUUACACUGAAGAAAAUCAUCCGUCACAAAGUGAAACUCUGAAUGAAGAUGUUACGACAACAAUAGAUACAAUAACUGAAAAAGAUGGUGAUGAUGGCAUUUCUCAAAAUAGUCUUGCUGAAGAAAUGAAUGAAGAUUUGUUUGAUAUUGUAGAUAUUGAAAGUUGUUGUUUUGCAAAUAGUGAGGUGACAUUGUAUUCAAUGAGUGGAUGA